AUGGCCAUCAAACUUUUGCUACAUACAAUUGCAUUUUACAUGAAAGGAUUUACUCUAAGUAGAAAUUCUUUCCUGUGGCAUGGAGUGCCGGAAUGGAGGAACAAGUUAGCCCAUGGAGACUUUCUAUGGCAGUCACGGGAGCGUAGCAAGAUUAUAUGUUCCUACCGUUGUCUACAGCACAAGUCUUGUGUUUCUUUUUUCUACCAGAGCUCGACACAGUACUGCCAGGGUCAUUCAUCUGUGUUCCUGCACUUAUCUGAUGCAAGUAGUAAAGAUUCAUCAGAAACAGUGUAUUUCAAAAUCGCAUGUAAAGGAGGACCCUCCUACAUAUAUGACCGUGGGGCCAACACCUGCUACAGCGUGAAAGAGAAAAGGGGAUCGUGGUUCACAGCACAGUCUUACUGCAAUUCCGAAAAUUCAUGGCUUCUGGAUUUGAGUGACGAUCAAAUUUCUUCUCAACUAAUGACGAAAUUCAAUGAUCACCGCGAUCCUUAUUUUGCCUACUUUUGGUUCUGGAUUGGAUUAACCAUUCAGUCAGAUGGACGCUUCAUUUGGAGACAUUCACAACAACCCCUAAAUGGGUCAGUUUAUUGGUUGCCAGGGCAACCAGAUAAUGCCACUGGGAAUCAAAACUGUGUCUACAUGAGGAAUCAUGGUGGUAAAUUUCUUUGGGAUGACAUAGACUGUAUGACAGACUUUAUCGAAUUCAUUUGUCAGUCUGAUGUUGUUUAA